AUGGCCGUUGUGAAAAGACUUGCAAAAAACAAUUUGGCAUUUCGUGGGAGCAAUGAGAAAUUGUGUGAGGAGAACAAUGGGGUUUUCUUACAAGUGAUUGAGAUGAUCGCUGAGUUUGAUCCAGUGAUGCAUGAACAUGUUCGGCGUGUUUUUAAAAAAGAAACUCAUUACCAUUACUUGAGUCAUAAGAUCCAGAAUGAAAUGAUUCAGCUUCUAGCAAAUGAGGUAAAAGCUUCCAUAGUUGCAACAAUCAAAGAGGUGGAUGAUACAUCAGGACUUGGAUUGUUUAAUGAGCUUAAAAAUGCACUCGAUACUGAUGCACUUAAUAUUGGUGAUGUACGAGGACAAGGAUAUGAUAACGGAUCUAACAUGAGAGGAAAACACAAAGGUGUGCAGAAGAGACUUCUUGAGCUGAUUAUUUUUUUGGAGUGGUACAACGGAUAUAUUCAUUCUUCUCAUCUUCUACAAAGCAAUGGCAAGUUUUCAGGGAUCAUGUGGAAGGGCUCACUCUUAAACCAUUGUCUGAAACAAGAUGGGAGAGUCGUGUUGAUAGUAUAA